ACUAUACACUCUGUAUACACCGGCAGCUUUCACGAUGGACGCGGCGAAGGCACUUGAGGAGGAGGAUCUGGAGACCGAGCCGGACCAGUUUCUUGCAGACCUGCCGCCCUCUGGCCGUGCCGAAGGGCUGACCUCUUCGUCGUCUUCCGGUCUACAGCCGACGCCGUCCGUGUCGUCGUCCGGCGCCUCAGAGCUGCAGGAGCGUCGUGCCCAGGUCGGAGCAAGUCCGUAUUUGGCCCCGUUCACGCCUAGUGGGUCCCCUCCGCGGCCAAAGACGCCGUCCACCACCGGUGGACGCUCCUCCACUAACAGCAGUCGAGGCGCCAAGCCUCAGCUCGUGCCUAUGGGUCGAGGAGCAGUCGGAGGAGCCUUCGGAGCAGGCCCAGCAUUACCCCGAGACGACGUGGUGAAGCAUUUGCCACCCAAACUGCUCGAGACGUUGGUGGACGUCGUGCGGACGUUAGAUCAGCUGGCGGACGGCGUAGCGGACUUCCGGCCAGACCAGUUGGGCUUCCUCAGCGACAAGGCCCAGCGAUAUGUGGAGCUGCUGCAACAGGCAGACAAAGCGGCGGCCGAGUACAGUGCUGAUAUCCCCUUGCAGGUGCUGAAGAUGAUGGAAGACGGCUCCAACCCCGAGUUCUUCACAAAGAAUCAGCUGGACAAGUGUCAAGAGGAGAGCGGACAGACUGCAGCCAAGGUCGAGACCCUCGCGAUGCUAAAGGGGGCGCUGCAGACCGGACUGGACGAGCUCAAGUGA